AAAGAAGCGCAAAAACAAAAGGGUAAUCUAUUAGUAUGCGGAAUAUCGGCAGAAAUCGUCCUUUCCCUCUUAGCCCAAGGAGCUAAGCACAGAACGAAAACAGAACUCCACCAAGCCCUCUCUGAAGAUGACACCUCUCUAACCGCGUAUAGACAGCUGACUCCAAGACUGAAUCAAAACGAAGACGACUUCAAACUCUUAUCCGCAAAUAAACUGUACGCAGCCGAAGGCUUUGAAAUCGAAGACGACUUCAAGAGAGUUGCCGAAGACCCCUACAAAGCUCAAAUACAGACUGUCAACUUCGCAGAAAACCUCAAAACUACUGGUUUGAUCAACAAUUGGGUGGCUGAUAACACAAAUCAAAAAAUAACGGAUCUGAUAAGUCCAGAUCAGUUGUCAGCUAACACAAGACUGGUACUUGUCAAUGCCCUGUAUUUGAAUGGUCUUUGGGAAAUUCCUUUCGAAAAACUUCUCACUAAAAAACAGGCUUUCCACCCUUCUGAACAGGAGUCUAAAGAAAUUGACAUGAUGACCGUUGAAGGAAAUUUCAGAUAUAGACAUUGUGGAUUUUAUAAAGCUCAGUUUUUGGAAAUGGGUCUCAGACAUGCUAAUCUCAGCUUUGUAAUCGUAUUACCCGAUGCUCACGAUGGACUGGCUGAUUUAGAAUCGAAAUUAGACGGACUACUGGAAGUGCGCAAUUUAAAUGUCUCGAGGUUGGCGGUUACCAUUCCCAAAUUCACCAUCAGAUCAAAGAUCGAUUACCGCGAUAUUUUGGAGAAGCUAGGAGUCUUCAGUGUUUUCCAAGAUGAUGCGAACUUGUCAGGUAUUUCUCGUAAAGAGGGACUUCGGGUGGACUUCGUGGUUCAGCAAACAUAUAUUAACGUGACUGAAGGUGGAAUUGAAGCUGCAGCAGCAACAGCAGUUGGAGUAUCUUUAACAUCUCUACAGCCUUUCAAAGUUUUCUUAGCAGAUCGGCCAUUCUUAUUCCACAUCAGAGACGAUGACUCCGGUUUAAUCCUCUUCGCUGGAAAAUUCCAAGGUUGAAUAUAACAUGAUAUACAUUUCCGAUAUUGCUAUUUGACAUUGCAUUCUACAUGUGUAUUGAGUUCAACAAAUAUUUUGAAGCUGAAAUUAAACAUUCUCAACUA